AUGGAAACAGCCAACAGUACGUUCCGAUCUCAAGACAGGAAUGCUGCAAAAGCACCUAGUCAAAAUCGAGUUACCGAACCAUACAACGUUACUUGCGAGGCUGCUAUCAAACCAACUAUGGUCUCCAAGCGUCUGAUUGUUAAACUUCAACCUGUUGGAAUAGAGGCGGGUUGUGAGGUGAGUACUUACGAAGUAGACAAUUCAAUGGACACCAGACUUUCAAGAAAUCAACUGUCCCAACUCACAACCGACGAUAUGACCCCAGACUUGAUGGACACUCCAAAUCUGCUCAGAAGCUCGCCAUCAACGGAACAUACCCACUCUGAAGAUUCUCAUGGAAGGCACAGAACAGCAAUCAACAGGUAA